GUGACGUCAGCGGUUUUUCUGCGGUCAGCUGGUCCAACUGAAGUUAGCUUGCGGGUGGAAACGUACAGCCUGCGUCAGGCCAGUGCGCAGCGCAAAGUAGCUUGGUGAGAUGACAGCAGGCUUCCAUCGAUCCGGUAUUGGUCAUCGUAUUGAUCAGUUAACAGAAUGAUAUGAACGGCUCGUGAGCUGAAACCUUGACUGCAGCCGCUAGCUCGCGAAUGGCUAACUGAGCCGCUCGUAAUGGUCUGGAGUUGUUUACCAGAACGAAGGAGAAGAGAUGGAGGACUGCACCGAGGAGGACUUCAUGGAGACACCCGCGCUUCCUCUGGAGGAAGAAUAAUGUUAAAGCUGCUCUACUGCCUGGCCCUCCUCCUCCUCCUCCUCACCACCUGAUGGCUCACAAGCAGCAGCAGGUCUCUCUGUGCAGGCCCGGGGUUCAAAUGUGUAUUUUGAAAGGCUUCCAACACUCCUAACAUGGUCACAUAAAGUUGAGAAAAGUAGAUAAAACUCCAAACUUGUGAGAAACAGUAACAAUAAGUUUAUAAUCAAUUUGACCACUUGUGUCCCUUACCUCCAUAAAUCUUGCUGCUAUUCCCGUCACUUUGAAAAGACGUGAUGGGCUCUGUCGGCCGUCUUCCAUUCAGUUUAUUUUCUAUAGCCCAAUAUCACGAUGUGUGUUUCAUGACUAGAGAGCCCAGGAUGUGCGAUCAGAGUAAAUAACCUGCAUGCCCGUAUGGUGUUUGGAGUAAAGGUCUCGCUGACCCGUGGGUUCAGCAUUGCUUUAUGCUUAUUAAAAUGCUGUGAGAGGUCCCUGGGGGAUAUCUCCACUUUAUUCUGAUCGGAUGCUGUGUUUCUCUCUUUCGCUGCAGAUCAUAGUUUACAUCCUUCGCUUUCUUCACUCUUCGGACAGGAAGGAAGCCUCACUAGUCUGCCGCAGCUGGUACUAUGCCAGUCAGGACUUUCACUUCCAGAAUAACGUCACCUUCUGCUUCCCGGCCUCAGCCUCGUCCCUGGAGCUCAUCCGGGGUCUGGGCAGGAAGUCCCGCUGCAGUCUGAUAAUCAGCCAGCUCGAUGGCUUCAGCAUGUCCAGAUCACUGCUCCUGGAGGUGGGUCUGUGCUUGGGCCCAAAGCUGGAGAGCUUGGCGCUGCCCGGCAGCAGUGUCACGGAGGCCUCUCUGCUGGCGCUCCUCCCUCGCCUCACCUCCCUCCGCAGGCUGGACCUCAGAGGCCUGGACAGCCUCUUCAUGUCUGGGGCCUUCCUCUCCAGGGAGGAGCACAGACAGCAGGUCCGGUCCGCUCUGUCCGGUCUGGAGGAGCUGGAUCUGUCCGACCUGCGGUACCUCUCCGACCUCACCUUCAACCGGCUCACCGGCUGCACCCCUCGCCUCCGCCGCCUCUCGCUGGCCGGCUGCCACAUCGCCUUCGAGUUCGACCCGUACCGAGGGUGCCCGGUGGGAGAUGUGAAGGACUCGUCAGCGUUGCUGUCACUGAGGAACUUGCGGAAGUUGUUAACGGAGCAGAAAUCCACCCUGGUCGCUCUGGACCUCAGCAGAACUUCUAUUACCCCUGAGUCCCUACGCACGGUUGCACAGGUUCAGGAUCUGGUGUUAGAAGAGCUGUGUCUGCAUGGCUGUAAGGAGCUGACCGACUACUCCAUGGAGGUUCUGGUAAAGCACCAGCCGAGCCUCCGGAGGCUGAACAUCAGUGGCUGCACUGAGCUGACCAGCAGGUCCGUAGAGGCCGUGGCGCGCGGCCUGAAGUCAAUGACACACCUCUCCUUGGCCCGCGAUUGGAGGAUCACUGAAAAAGGCCUCGCUGACCUCGUGUCCACGUCGUCCCUGAGGAGUCUGGAUCUGUCCGAGUGUCUGCAUGUCAGCGGAGCCGAGAUAACGAAAGGCUUGACGGGAUCGUGUGCUGCCAGAGCUCAGCUGGAGGCCCUCAGCCUCAAGGGCUGCACCUACAUUAGGGAUCUUGCCGUUUUCUCCCUCGCCCAGCUCCUCGGGGAAACUCUCCGCGAGCUCGACUUGACGUCAUGCGACAACGUGACCGACUUGUCGGUGCGCGCAGUCGCCGCGUACCUGCAGAAGCUGGAGGUUCUGCGGCUCGGCUGGUGUAAAGAGGUCACGGACUGGGGUCUGCUCGGGAUCGUGGAGACGACCAAAUGUGAGACCGACCAGGAGACGGGAGACAAGGGUCCCAGGUUCACCCGGAACUUCGGCAACAUGGGCUUCUUCAAGCCUCCACGUUUGCCGUGUGAGGAGCGACCCGAGCUGGUGACGCACAACGACCUGCAGCAGUUCAAACAGCAGGCCGGAGCUUCCCUGCUGGCCCUCAGCCGGCUGCAGGAGCUGGACCUCUCCGCCUGCCCCAAGCUCACCGACCGCAGCAUCACACAGGUGGUGCGCCACCCGGACCUUCGCCGUCUGUCUCUUUCCAUGCUGCCGGGCAUCUCCGACGCCAGCCUGGCGUCGGUGGCGUGGCACUGCCGCAGCCUCACCAGCCUGGCGCUCAGCCACUGCCCGGGCAUCAGUGACCGCGGAGUGGCACAAGCUGCACCGUACCUGCACAGGCUGCAGCACCUCUACCUCUCCUGUUGUAAUAACAUCACCGACAGAUCUUUGUUCCUGCUGGUGCAGCACUGUAAGCGUCUGCAGACCCUCGACAUCUCACGCUGCAACAACAUAUCCAUCACUAGUGUGGAGCUCCUUCAAUCGCAGCUGCCCUUCCUGGAAAAUGUCCACUACCGAUUUAUAGGCGGGGCUGAUCCGACGCUCACUCUCUGAUGCUGCACCUUUUCAAUAACGACACCUGCUGACCAACGUCUGCUCUGUGAGUUGGGCUGUCACAGGUCAGCCAUUUGCACAGGAACUGAAGGACAUGUUGAAAGUGUUUAUUUCAGUGUCACCUGAAUGAGUCUCUCCAGCGUGAGGCAGAGGCCACUUGUAUGACACUAACGUGGAAUUAUUUUAACUGUAUGGUCAACAUUUCAUGUUUGUUUAUGCUUGGAGGCAAACAAAUAUGUAACUGACUGAAAAAGCAUGCACCCACACCCUAAUAUUCAAAGAUCGUCAACUGUUUGGACCGAGGGGGGAAAGAUGAAACGUUAUGUUUAUGUGGUGCAUCAUCACAGAGGAGACAGGGUUCAUCGAAGUAUGAAGAACGAUCUGUUAAAACCAAAAGAAACCCUGAAAGAAGAGGAAAAUAGUACCAGAGUAUCUAAUUAUAGGGAGAGUGUGUUAUAUUGCACAUUUGAUUUUAUACGCAGGUGUCGCAAAAUACUAAUUGUUUUAAUUGUCUUGAAGUAAUAAAGGUGUUUUUAUCUAACAGUAAAAUACUUCCUGAACUGAAGGUUAGGCAGAGAAAAAUGAAAGACGCCGCCCCAUAAGAAAUAAUUAUGUUGAGAUUGAAAGUAGUAUUUUAUUUUUUCGAUCAUCCUGUAUAACAUUGGUUAUACUUUACUUGAUUAUUUAUUUUUUAACAAAGAAACAGGAGAGAGAUGUUUCUAACUGACAGUUCUGUGACGUAGAAGUGAAGCUGGAUGUGAAGUGAAAUAGUUUCCUCCUUUUAGACCAAAAUCCAUAUUGACUUCCAUGUAGUUUUCAGCCCAUUGCUUGGAUUUAGUUUAAAUUUGCACUAAUAGAGCCCUGAUAGUUGGCCUAUACUUCAAUUUGAAUAUUCAAAUAUAUAUGUGUUAUAAACCUAGAAUGCUUUUCAAAUACAAAGUUGUCAUAGGUGGAGAAUUCACACAUCCUUUUAAAAUAAAGUGAAGUUUACUUAACCCUCCUGUUACCUUAGGGUCAAUUUGACCCCAUUCAAUGUUUAACCCUCCUGUUACCUUUAUAUUUACUGACAUAUUUUACCCUUGGGGUCAAUUUGACCCCAGCAAUUAAAACCUCCAGAAAAUUAUGAGAAUUAAUAUUGUUUCCCAAGUUUAAGUGUGAGGUACUUUAUGUUUGUUUGUUGACUACCUAAAUAGCCCUUUAAAUAUAUAAAAAAGUUGAUAUUUCUUAUAUGUUUGACACAGUGAAAAACAGCCUGGGGUCAAAUUGACCCGAAAGAACACCGACAUUAAACAUUGAAUGGGGUCAAAUUGACCCUACGGUAACAGGAGGGUUAAAAGGUAUGUCGGCUUGAGUGGGAUUUAUAAAAGAUAUUGAAUAUAA